AUGGAGAAAGCCAAGUCUGCCGUUUCUAGCUUCCUUUCCAACGAUGGAAAACACAAAACAACAGUGGAUGAAUCUGUGAAGAGCCAUGUCACUCAUGAACACAUCAAGCCACACGAGCAUGAACAAGUGACAACUGCUCUUGAUAAGGAAGUCCAUCAGGAUCAUCAUCACACCACAAUCCAACCAAUUGCUCACAGAGAAGUACUCCCUGAGAAGCACCACCACAACCUUGCCCCUGUCCAGCACAAAGAAUUUCAUCAUGAAAACGAGCAAGACACUCGGGCUACUCUUGAACGAGAAGCUGCUAAGUACCGAGAUACUUCCGAGAUGCACAGUACCACGCACUCUACCGAAGCUGCUCCAACAAUGACUGGCGAACGAAUUCAUCAUCAUGUGCAUGAGCAUGUCCAGCCAAUCAUUCAGAAGGAAACAAUUCAACCGAAUGUCGUUCAUACCACCAUCCCCAUUCACGAGACUCACCAUGCUGCCCCUGUCCACCACGGAACCUCUACGCUCCCCACCAAGACUCUAGAGGAGUUCACCUCUGAGCGCGGCGGUCUUGCUGAGAGAGCUGCUCAGAAGCUUACUGAGUUCGAGGGAUGCCCCAAGCCUUAUCGACGAGAGCUCCAGAAUGAGCAGCUCGAAGGUGACAAGAGCAUGCACCUCCAUGGCCACGGUGACAAUUAUGGCGAGAACCAGGUCCACUCUGGCCGCGAGGGACACGGUAUUGGCCACACUGCUGAAGGUCUUGCCGCUGGCGGUAUGGCCGGAGCUGGCGCCACUGCCGCUUCCCGCAAGCACCGUCAUGGCCUCGGCCACAAGGAUCGCCGUGGAUCCGGCUCUAGCAGCAGCUCAAUGAGCUCUAGCGACGAAGAGUCCCGCGGCUUGGGCAAGUCUUCCAAGCACAAGCACCGAGGUCUUGGUAGUUCUACCGGCACCGGAGUUGGAGCUGGUGCUGCCGCUGCCGCUGCAGGCGCCGCUCACAACCAGCACCAGGGUCGUGAGGGAGGCAUUCCCGGCACUUCUGGAGUUGGUUCAGGCAUGGGAUCUACUGGUAUGAUGGGCAACACUAGCACCAUGGGUGCUAAUAGGGGUAGCAUUGGAAACCCCAACACUGCUGGCCUUAACAAGCAUCACGAUGGCGGUGAGUACGACUCCAUGAAGACUGGAGGUCUUCACAACGACCCUCUCAAGAACAACUCUUCUCACGUUCGCGGCGACUCUGGCGUCGGAAUGGAGCAGAAGAAGCCGUCUCUCCUCGACCGUCUUAACCCCAUGAAGGAUGCUGACGGUGAUGGCAAGAAGGGACUUUUGGACUAA